AUGAAGAAAAGAGAUAUAAUGAAAAAUCUAAAAGAGUUUUUUGAUUGUGUAUCUUUUAUUAAAGAGAUAAACAAAGUUAAAGUUGGUAUAUCAAUAAAUGUCUUACCGAUAGCUGCAAAAGAAAGUAAAAACGAAAAACCUAUUGAAAAUAAAGUUUCCAAAGGCCAUCCAUAUACACUGGAUAAAAGUUUAUCUCAUAAUUUACAAGAAAAGUCACAAAAAAAUAAAUCUCAACAGCUUUUUUUCACGACAAAAGGAGACAUUUUGAAUUCUACUCCGAAUCUCAUGACAAUACUUGAUAGUACUUUUAGUAAAGGAAAGAUUUUUGCGAGUGACAAUAAUUUUAUAGACCCUGACGCACAUUUUAUGAACAAAAUGAACAGAGAUUUUGUAACAACGAAUGGUUUAGAAAUUGCAACAGAAAUAAGAGAGUUGAAAGAAGUUGUUAGAAGCUUAGCUGCAACUGCAAAAGAAAUGCUGAGCACACAUUUGACAGCCGUUAGAAAAAGAUAUAAAGAAAGUUACAAAAAAACAACUUCAGAAGAAAAAGGGAACGUUACACAAGAAUCGGCAUCAAAGGGAAUUUAUCAAAAGCAAAACAAAAGUGUACAAAUAAAUACAUCAUUGACGAAAAAUGUUACAUCAUCUAAAAUAAAUAGUAAGAAACUAUCAAGAGGUUCCCCGAGUAUAUGCAAUAGAGUCUAUCGAAAAAGUACCUCCUACAGACUAUUCGAUAGUGAAACUAUACUGAGAGUUACAGAUAUGACUUCCGCUGCAAAUAGUACACUUGUAGACAAAUAUUCUGAUACAUAUGAAACAUCCACACUAAAAUCUGGGUCCUCAAUUGAUUCCGUUGCGGAUAGACGUAAAUUAUAUGCGUUUUAUUGUGAGUCUUUAAAGAAAGACGAAAGUCUGCGUAAUUGUAUGCCACCCUACUCUUCUGGAAUUUACUAUGUUAUAUCACAAAUAAAGGAUAGUGAAAUACAGAAUAUAGCUGCUACUUAUUACAAUUCUGAGAGUAGUAAAGAACCACCUGCAAGUAGUAACACAGACAUCGAAAGCAGACCUGAGGAGAGAAAGAAGAGAUGCUUCGAUUGCUUUCACACAGACUUCCAAAGAAAAUUUACACUGUCGAUGUUCUUUAUUGUUCCGUUUAUAAUUGUUAUGAGUUUAGUUUAUCUCUAUCUUAGAGGACAAUUUGCCUUUAAGCCUUCAGCUACUAUAUUUCCAUUGUUGACUGAUAAAAAACCGAUUAAUCGUACAGCAUUAGGGUUCCGAUAA